AGGGGGAGGUAGCGUUAUUUUUUUGCUCAAGGAAAGAUGAGCGGGUCUUGUAGACGAGUUUCGCGGCUUUUCUGACUGACGCACUCUGGAGCGUCGACAACGCGGACUACGUCGUGCGAGUGUCUUGGGAUCAACUUGUGUGAACCAAGCAUGUGCCAUGUUGUCCCCGGCUGGUACGGGGUUACGCCGCGACGCUACCGCCUGCUGGCGCUUUGGUGCACUUUUUGCGUUCCUGCUGUUUUCUGUCGUCGGUGGAGCUCUCUCUUACAGCAGCAGUGCCGUUGUCAAGAGGGCGGCUGACGUUGUUAUCGUGGUCGAUGGCGGCGCGAGCGACAGACCGCUCCGGUCUCGAGGUCUGUACUCUGCCUGCACUCACCACAACAACUGCACUGACUACUAUGCCGUCUGCAAUUUCACCUUACGAAUCUGUGUCUGUCCCGGAGGCUACAGGAAGAAUGACUAUUUUUGCAUGUACAUGGGUGGCUCGCCGGACAACGUUGGCAUCUACCAGGUGACCCUAGUGGUGGCCGCCGUCUUCAUGGUUGUAGUAUUCUCAGUCUUUGUCGCUUGCGUUGUUAAAAGGACAUGCGAGCGCUCCAGAGACCUUGCAGAAAGGAUGCGGGAGCUGGCCGCAGAUGUGUACACGGUCCCUGCUGAGUUCGAAGGCUUGGAGAGGCCGCCUUCUUACACGGACAUCGUCAAAAUCGACAACAUGGUGUACGGGGUGCCCCCGCCCGACUACUCGACGGUGAGUCCGCCGCCGGACCUCGAAGCCGCAGCGCCGUCGCUGCCUCCGCGCAGGAUGGCCCUGUCAGCGCUACUGUGGCAGGCGGCCGCUCGAAGACAGGCGCCGAAUGCGGUUCAGUGCUCCGUUGCGCACGGCGAUUCUGGCGGUAGCGGUGCCACCUGAGUGCUUGGCCCCGCCAUUUGGCGCCUCCUUGGACGACCGUCCGGAUAUGCUGCUGAUGAAGACACAAGACAGCGAUAGUUUGACUGGAAACACUUCACAGUUUUGUGCUACACGCCGUCCGUAGCCUUCACGCACCUACAUUUACUACCACGCUCAUAUAAUAGCCGUGGCGAGUUUGGCUGAUGAUCCUGGAUACGACAACUGCUCACUUUAGUAACUUCAAUUAGCCCUUGCUCACAUGGCACGAGACAUGAGCUCAAUCAUUGUUGCUAACAUGGCACGUCAGAUAGUUACAGAGCGAGUCUCGAGAAAGAUUAGUCGACCGCGCUUGACCGUCGAGUGAUGAGGCGUCGAUGACUCAAUCGAUUUCAAGUGUGCCCCUUCCGUCGCAAGUCUGACUUCAAAUCUUUUGGCCACUGACUCAUGUGCCAGUGCAUAGUAUGCACGCUUCACGUUGUGGAUCUUUAUAUAGGUCGUAAUAUGAGCCAGCUGAUUGUUUAUUUUAAGCCACUUCGCAGCGAAGUUGCAAGUGAAGGAAACUAGAAACACAUUGAAAAUGAUUUCGUAUUGGGAAAUAUGCAACAAAUAAUACACAAUUUUACAAGUUCACCAAUGAACUCUCAGUUCUGAAUUUGUUGCAGUGAAAACCACAUUGAUACGCUAUCUUCCAAAAAUUUAGGAAUGCAAAUAGGACUUUUGCAUUUCAACUCAUGCAUACGUUCGUUAGUUUAUACCAAUAUGUUAGUAAUGUUUAUAAAUGUAAGAAACAUGAAAGCCUACAUUGGUAAAACAUCGAAACUAUUCCAUUAGCUGUACUGCUGCAAUUAUUACGAAAAGAGUGCUUCUGGUAGACAUACACACAUACGCACGUCCUCUAACUCAUCGUACAUAGCAAAUAUCAGGCGAAAUAAAUAUGCAGUACCAUAUCACAAGCCUGAUGUAACAGCUUUACAAAACACAACAACGAUAAAAAUGGAUCUACAGUUCUACGAAAUAAACAUUGAAGAAUAA